GGCAUGGGGGCGUGGUUAUGUACUUGUAACCAAUGGCUGCAGCACUCCAGAGCGAGGCUUGGAACACAGCCGAGCAGAGCAGGUGGCCGGUUGUCAUGGAGACAGGUAAACAAAGCCUGUGGAGCUGGCACAUGGCCCUGGGGGCGGAGGAGGAGGAGGAUGGUAAUAAUGGGGAGGAGGAGGAUGAUGCAGAUGAACGUUCCUGAACUACCUGUGGGGCAGAGAGGAUGCACAGGAGAGCCCGAGGGGACAAGUGCUGCAGAAUGUCGGCCAUCACUUGCCGAGGCGUCAUGUCCGACGACACCGAGAUCCAGGACAUUGUGGCCGAUCAGACGAGCAGCAGUGAUUCGGAAUUGGAGGAAGACACUUAUGAAUCAGAGGACCCUGAUACCUAUGAUUUUUACUCAGGUAACUCGGCUUUGUACCUAUAUACCCAGAAGACCAACCAGAUUGUGUAUGAAUACCACUCAGGAAGGAAAGUGGCGCGGCUUCGAGAGCCACGCGAUCUCUACGGUGUAUCCUCAAACAGCUUCUUCCAUCUACCACGGUGGCCAUAUGAGUGCCAGGUUCUCAAGGGAAAAAUUGAGCACAUAGAGUGGGAUCCACCAGUUCCUGAACCGAUGUACAAGUCUUUAGGUCUAGAGCGAGAACCUACAUGUUUUAACCCUAUCAAAAGCAAGGUGAUCUAUGAACUCAGUGAAGGUUGGAAGGAAUCUUACUUCAUGUGUUCCCGUGUGGGUGGCAAUCGCAGCCCCCUCGAGCCCGUGUCUCUGCGCCGCUGUGAAGAGUCUGACAACACGCUGGUGUUCGAGUCUCGAUUCGAAAGUGGGAAUUUACAGAAAGUGAUUCAGGUCGGUGACUACGACUACCAGCUGACCCUCCGCACGGACCUGUACACCGACCGGCACACACAGUGGUAUUAUUUCCGGGUGAAGAACACGCGGGCCGGCGUUCCUUACCGAUUCACCAUCACCAACUUCAUGAAGCCCACAAGUCUCUACAACCAGGGCAUGCGCCCCCUCAUGUACUCCGAGAUCGAUGCCGACAGCCAGCAGGUUGGUUGGAGGAGGAUCGGGGAUGAGAUCAAGUAUUACCGGAACGGCUCCGGCAGAGGAGGACAAACCCACUACUCCCUGUCCUGGACCUUCACCUUCCCCCACAGUGGAGACACCUGCUACUUUGCCCACUGUUACCCAUAUACAUACUCCAACCUCCAAGAUUACUUGGCCCGGAUCGCCAACGACCCAGAGCGGUCCAGGUAUUGUAAGAUCCGGGUCCUCUGCCAUUCCUUGGCCGGUAACAUUGUGUACGUAUUGACCAUCACCAACCCCACUGCAGCCACCAAAGACCCCAAGAAGAAGAAAGCCAUUAUCCUGACCGCCAGGGUCCACCCGGGAGAGUCCAACAGCUCCUGGAUGAUGAAGGGUUUCUUAGACUACAUCCUGAGCUCCAGGAGCGAUGCCCGGCUGCUGAGAGACACCUUCGUCUUCAAGGUGGUGCCCAUGUUAAACCCGGACGGGGUGAUUGUGGGGAACUAUCGCUGCUCUCUAUCCGGGCGAGAUCUGAAUCGUAACUAUAAGUCCAGACUGAAGGAUUCAUUCCCAUCAACAUGGUUCACCCGGAACAUGAUCAAACGGGUGAUGGAGGAGCGGGAGAUAUUGCUGUAUUGUGACCUGCAUGGACACAGCAGGAAGCAGAACGUCUUUAUGUACGGGUGUAAAAGCAGUGACAGUCACUUGUGCGAGCGCAUUUUCCCAUUAAUGCUCAGCAGGAUCUCCCCGGACAAGUUUUCAUUUUCAGGCUGCAAGUUUAAAGUACAGAAGAGCAAAGAAGGGACAGGUCGUGUGGUCAUGUGGAAAAUGGGCAUCCGGAACAGCUACACACUGGAGGCCACGUUCUGCGGAUCGUCACUGGGUAAUCGCUGUGGAACUCAUUUCAGCACGAAGGAUCUGGAGUCGCUGGGUUACCACUUCUGUGAUGCGCUUUUAGAUUAUUGCGACCCGGAAAAAACUAAGUUUUCCUCUUUCCUGAGUGAUCUGGAGGAGAUGAACUUUAAUCACCGCCUCGGUUUGGACUCUGAAUCUCUUCUUGGAGACGUCUUAUCGGAUCUUGAUUCCAGCACCAGAGGAUCGGACAGCUCUGACUCGAAUGGUCCUCCGGCCCAUCUGAUGGAGUUGGCCUGUAAGGUGAAGCCGCGCAGGAAAAUACUCAAGUCAAAGAGGGAACGAAAUUCCCAGAGGAAAACAUCAGAAAGGAUCCACGAUCUGCAGGAAGAAGAUGAAAACCAAAGAGAGAAGCCCAGGGCGGUGAUCGUGGAGCGGCGGGUGAGCGCCGAGACUGCAGAGACAGUGAAACCUUACAAAUCGGUCAUCGAAUCUGGCGCCGAGAAAAACGCUUGCUUGGGGUGGACCAGCCAUGAUCGCCAGAAAGUAAAAUUGGGUUCUGUCCGGAAGCUGCAGAACCUCCCGAGAGCGUCCAAGAAAAACAGGAUCAGCAAACAGCAGCAGGCGCUUCUCUCUGAAGACCUAGGUGCUAAAAAGGUCUCCGUCAUCUACCUCAUGUUCAACGCCAAAGGAGAAGUCAUUACAACCAAGUCCCACGCCAGGAACAAGGGCGUCGCCGAAAUUACGAGCGCAUUUAAUAGUUUUAAUUGGAAAAGGCCGUUAUUCAGCCACUUCCUUUCCCAGCGGUGUCUGUUCAGCCGUAUUCUGGAGCCGUGCUGCUACUACAUCAGCCCAGACAUCCCAGACUCCUUCAGACCUAAUACUGCCAAUGACGGGUCCGAGCAUGACCCUGAGGACAAAGCACAUAAGUCAGAGAACGUUUCAUUCUCAUCUCCCCUAGACGAGCAGCCUUCGAUCUGCUGUUCUAAGCAGUUGGUCUGGUCUGGAGAACUUUAUCUGAAACAGAAGACCAAGGGUCGUGCGCGGCCUCCACCUGCGCGAGUGACGGAGUCUGCUCCACCUGCGCUGCCUCCUGCUGUACUGAAGGCCCCGGACCAGGCUGGUAACUUUGUGCGACGCAAAAGCAAGAAGAUGGAGGCCUGUUCUUUUUCUGCACCCCAAAACAGCGCUGUGGGUAACCAGAAAGGGAACAAUAUAGACCAUCUGACAUGCGAGAAGGAAGAGACCCUCCUACCAGCCGUGGCGGCCACCAGAGAAGCUUCUCUCAUGGGAGCGGACAGCCUCUACACGGCCGCUGCCAGCAAACUCGGAGCGGUGUCCAUUCCUCAUACAUCAUACAAGUCUUCCGCAAGCACUGGGGCCCUGCCCCCCGCCAAGGUCAGAGGUCAGUGUGGAGUUUAUUCCGGAAAAGGAACAUUACAGAAAAGGAAACUGGGGAAGCUUAUUGGUCCGCGCCUCCAGGAGGACCGUGUUAGUACCCACCAUGCCAAUCUACCUGCCAACACCUGGAAGGAUGUCCUGGUUGGAUUACAGACAGGUGAAGGGGGAGGAUCUGUAGAAAGUAUUACGCUGCAUCGGGGAGCGGACCACCCUAUACCGACACCUCCUAAGGGGCACUUUCUAAAAAAUGGGACUUGUUAUGGGUUUGUGGGUAGGAAACCUGGACAAAGAGUCAGCCUGGUGCCUCUCCCAAAAACAGUCCCGUCUUCCCAAUAAAUCAUCCUCACUGUGGUAGGUCGAGAAGCCUUGAGUCCUGCCUUGUCCGAAUGGUGGCAGAGCACCAGGGCGACAACCUCCCCCUCCCUUCCCUAGAAAAAAAAAAAUGAAUGUAUUUUCCGAUACAGUUUUGUGUACACAGCUCCUAUGCAGACCUAUGUGUUACCAUGGUUACAGACUACAAACAAACCCAGUGUAGUCAGAUCUUGUAGUCACGUGCUCUCCCUUCCAUCUGCCCCUGCUUUUAUUGAAAGAUUAGGUGUAUAAAGUACGACUGCAGGAUCAGACUACACAGGGUUUGUUCGUAGUCUGUCACCAUGGAGACACAUAGGUCUGAAUAGGAGCUGUAGACCUAAAACGGUAGGAAUUUUCUUAAAUUAGUAUAAUUUACUAAAAAUGCUGUAUUUUGUAUUUAACGUGUAUUAAAUCAACAAUAGUUGUUUCAAAAGUAUAUACACCCUGGAAUGAGUGCAACUUUAUGAUACAUACUGUAUGUAUUGUUAAGUUACACUUUAUGGCUUGUCGAAAUCCGGUUUUCUCAUAACUGGAAACAUUUUUGGUUAUUGGGAUGGGGUGCCCCAAAAAAUAUGGGGAAGAGUCCAGGAAAUAAGUUGGUUCACACUGUAUUAUUAUGUGUAUUAUUAUGUAUUUAUAUUACUAUGCGUAUUAUUAUGUAUUUUAUUACUAUGUGUAUUAUUAGGUAUCUUAUUACUAUAUGAAUUAUUAUG